GUUUGAUAUGAUCCUGAGAUCAUUUUGUUACGACAGUCUGAAAUCAAAGCACAGUCAUGUACAAAGUGUUGAUAUUCGCCGCUAUCCUUGGACUUUCCGCCGCGAAGACGAAGCCCAUUGGAUUAUAUGACUAUGCUGCUCCAGCCGUUGCAUACUCCGCUCCAAAUGUAGCAACUAUUGGUGCCCCAGCAGCUGCUGUUGCUGCUCUAGUUACCACAUACGCCGCCCCGGCAUCCGCGGUUGCUGCCCCAGUAACCACCUAUGCUUCUCAUGUACCUGCCACCUACUCCACCCCUACAGCAGCUGUUUCCGUCCCUGCUGCUGUGGCAUAUUCUGCUCCCACUGCAGCCUUUGCAGCCCCUGCGCCCGUCACAUACUCUGCCCCAAAUGCUGCCUUUGCCGCCCCAGCAGUUGCGUAUGCUAGACCCUUAACGGCUGCCCCAGCAGUCUCUUACGCGAGACCCUUAACAACUGCCCCGACAGUCUCUUACCCUAGAACCUUUUCGGUUGCUCCAGCAUUUUCUUAUCCUAGACCUACCCCAGCAGUCUCUUAUGCAAGAUCCUUAACGGCAGCUCCAACAAUCUCUUACCCUAGACCCAUAACGUCUGCCCCAGCAAUCUCUUACGCGAGUCCCAUCACAGCUGCCCCUGCCAUCGCUUAUGCUAGACCUUAUCCGGCUGCCGCAGCAGUGCCUUACCCGAGACCGUUAACGGCCGCUCCAGCAAUUUCUUAUGCAAGACCCGUAGUAGCCCAACCCGCUGUUACUUCAGUUGCACCUGCUCCAGUAACUUACGGCGGCUACGCUGCUACUCCUGGAUAUGGCCCCGGCGUUUACUCUGGAUACGGCCCCGUCGCUUAUUCUGGAUAUGGUCCUGUAGCUUAUUCUGGACAUGGUCCCGUAGCUUAUUCUGGACAUGGCCCCGUAGCAUAUUCUGGACAAGGCCCCGUAGCUUAUUCUGGACAUGGCCCCGUAGCUUAUUCUAGAUAUGGCCCCGUCGCUUAUUCUGGAUACGGAAAUGGUGUGUCAAGUUACUUGAAGUGAAGAGUAAUUUUCUAGUCAGUAGAUAUACGCACAAACUUUUAGAAUAUUAACUAGGUAUGCUUAUUUUCCUAAUUUGUCAUAAUUUAUAAAUGUGAUAUAGUGUAAAUGUCUGUUAGGAAUAUAAGUAAGACAAUUUCUUUUAUUUAUUUUUGUAUACGAAAAUUAUGUGAAUUUAUAAAUUAAUGUUAUCAAAUUAGUAGUGUAAUUUAAAUUAUUUGUCUUUAUUAUUUGUUUCUGCAAUUACUUUCAUUAUUUAUUUGUUGCUUGUUUUUAUUUA